UGUGUCUUCUCUUGCAGGAGGAUGCUUCGGGUGGCGUCCUGUAUGUCCCUGCUGCUGCUCUUCAAGGCGGUGGUUGGCUUGCCCUGGUUUCAGACCAUCGGUGCUGUCCUGGUUUUCUAUCUAGGCUCUGGAGGAUGGAAGUUUCUGAAAGUGUUCUACAAGACCAUAGGACGGGAUGUCAGAGGUGCUAUGACACUGGUCCGUGUGAAGCUGCAAGUCAGUCGUCACCUUCGAGAGAGGAAUACGAUCCCUGUCAUAUUCAAGGAAUGCGUCAACCGCCAUCCAGACAAAACAGCAUUGAUCUUUGAGGGACGGGUGCUUCAUGGACUUUUAAAGAACUAGAUGAAUUCUCCAAUGCCGUUGCCAACUUUUUGUACGCGGAGGGCUUCCGCUCCGGGGACGUUGUUGCCUUGUUCAUGGAGAACUGCAAUGAGUAUGUGGGACUAUGGCUCGGUAUGGCAAAAAUGGGAGUGGAAGCAGCUCUGAUCAACUUCAACCUGCGGCUGGAUGCCUUAGAGCAUUGCUUCAGUGUGUCCAACUCCAAGGCUGUGGUGUUCGGUCGAGAAAUGUCCCAAGCCAUGACUGAUGUGUACUCCAUGAUGGGUAAACCCACCCGCCUCUACUGCGUGGGUGACUGUGACCCAUCAACGAUUCCCCCUGGAACAGAAUUCCUAUCGCCAUUACUGCAGAGUGCUUCCCGCCUUCCUCCCAAAGAUCCUGGCAGGGGAUUCACAGAUAAAUUAUUUUAUAUCUACACUUCUGGGACAACCGGACUUCCCAAAGCUGCGAUAGUGGUGCACAGCAGAUAUUUCCGCAUGGCUGCCUUGGUGCAUUAUGGGUUCGGCAUGCGAUCCGAUGACAUCAUUUAUGACUGCCUACCUCUGUACCACUCUGCAGGGAACAUUGUUGGAAUGGGUCAGUGUAUCGUCCUCGGACUGACAGUUGUCAUCAAGAGGAAAUUCUCCGCAUCACGGUUUUGGGAUGAUUGUGUUAAAUACAACUGCACAAUUGUCCAGUAUAUUGGUGAGAUUUGCCGAUACCUCCUGAACCAGCCAGUGCGAGACACAGAGGCACAGCACCAUGUGCGCAUGGCUUUGGGCAAUGGACUCCGCCCCGCCAUCUGGAAAGAGUUUAUGACGCGGUUCAGAGUCCCUCAGAUUGCAGAGUUUUAUGGAGCCACAGAGUGUAACUGCAGCUUGGGCAACUUUGACAACAAUGUGGGAUCCUGUGGAUUUAACAGCCGUAUCCUACCUUUCGUUUAUCCAAUUCGGUUGAUGAAGGUAAAUGAAGAGACAAUGGAGCUCAUUCGAAGCCCUGAAGGCCUCUGUAUUUCUUGCCAGCCAGGAGAGCCUGGACAGCUGGUUGGAAGAAUUAUCCAAUCAGACCCACUUAGAAGAUUUGACGGUUACGUGAAUGAGUCUGCGACCAGCAAGAAAAUAGCCAAAAAUGUUUUCAGACAUGGUGACAUGGCAUAUCUUUCUGGUGAUGUACUGGUGAUGGAUGACUAUGGUUACAUGUAUUUCCGGGAUCGAACAGGAGACACAUUCAGGUGGAAAGGAGAGAAUGUGUCAACCACAGAGGUGGAAGGAAUACUCAGCAGACUCCUUGGGCAAGCUGAUGUGGUGGUCUAUGGAGUAGAGGUGACAGGAACAGAAGGAAGAGCAGGUAUGGCAGCUGUUGCUGACCCUGAUCGUAAAUGUGAUUUACAGAAGUUCAUCCAAGAUCUUAAAAAGUCACUGCCUGGAUAUGCACAUCCGGUCUUUCUCAGAUUGUUGCCAGAGGUGAACAAAACAGGGACUUAUAAAUUCCAAAAGACAGACAUGAGGAAAGAAGGCUUUGACCCCCAUGUGGUAAAAGAUGCCUUGUAUGUUUUGGAUUCACUGCAAGGAAAGUAUAUCUCUUUGGACCAUGAGGUGUAUCAAAGGAUCCUGUCUGGAAAGCUGAAGUUGUAG